CCAAAAAAUAUUGGGACUCUCAUACAGCAGAAGUGACAUCUGAUGAUAGUCCACCUUACUGUUCCAUUGAAAUCAAUAAUUUAAAUCACUAUAGAGAUAAAUUUAAUCAGGAAAUUUGUAAAAAAGCUACACACUAUUUAGGUGAAAUAGAAAAAAAUAAAAAUGUACCGCAAUACAUUGAAGAUGGAUGUAAAUAUUUUUUUUAUUGGUUACAAGUUGAAGUUCUUAAAGAUGAAACACUAGGCUCUAAAAUUUUAAUGUUUUAUCAAGAAGUGUUGAAUGAAUACGAAAAAACUGCUAGUAAUGAAGAAUUUCCUAAAUAUUUAAAUAUCAUUAAUGAGCACGAUAUUCAAAAUUUUAUAGACAUCGUAGAUAUGUAUAAAAAUUUUUAUGAUUUUAAAAAGGAUAAAGAGGAAUCUGGAAAAGAUAAAUGUUCUUAUGCAGAUAAAUGUUUUCGUUUAUAUAACAAAAAUAUAGAAGUAUGUAAAGCAGGUAGUGACUAUGACUUUUGUUACGAAUUAGACAAUUUUAGAAAUGAAUAUAAUAAAUAUAUGAAAGAGAAUAUACAAUGCGAGGAUUCACUAAAAAUAUUACCAUCCUAUAGAACUUAUGAUACUGUUGUUAUUACUACAAUACCUUGUGUUAUCAUAUUUGUAGCAUGCCUCUUUUUUUUUUUAUAUAAAUUUUCUCCGCUUGGAUCAUUUUUUUUAAACCGAAUAAAAAAGAAGAAAAGGAUAAGUAACAAUAUAGAUUAUGAAAUGCAAUAUUUAUCGCCCAUAUCUAAAGGAAACUAUAAUAACAAGAACAGACAAUAUAACAUAGCAUAUAUAUCUUCAUAA